AUGAUAAAUUUCGUUUCAAUAUGGAUCUGGCCUGUUCUGGCACUUUCGUUAGCGACCGGAGAAAUUCUAGAGCGAGACAAGAAGGCACUGAUGCUAGGAUGCCAUAAACGGGUGUUCACCUACCGGGUAUCGCAGACUGAUAGUAAAGGGCGCGAAUGUUGGGACCACGUGAGUGUCUGGUCCUGUCACGGCCGGUGUGACUCGAACGAAAUUUCCGACUGGCGGUUCCCAUACAAACGGUCACAUCAUCCGGUUUGCAUGCACGCUGGACGGACUAGAUCGGUAGCUACGUUGAGACACUGUCAUCCGGAGGCCGAUGCAGAAACCAGGCUGUACGAGUACAUGGAACCAAAGUCUUGCAGCUGUCAGACCUGCAGUAGUAUGGACACGAGUUGCGAAGGACCGAAACAGCUCAAUACUGAUGCAGUGACAAAAAUAUUUCAAAUCGAAGAAGAAGAAAUAGAGACCGAGUAUAGUUAA